AAAUGAUUUAAAACCCUUCUAUAUUGAAAGAUUCCUACGCUAUGUUUUAUUAUCAAAAUAUCAAACCUCUAUCUGCUUCCGACAAUAAGAGUUGUUUUUUGUUGGGGUUAAGGAGCUGGUGAAUCUCUGCCUUCCGAUCUCAUCUGGGCUUCACCGCCCUGUGGCCAUUGAAAUCCAUGAUCAUCAGCGUCUCAUGGACCCCUCUCAGCAUCACACCACUCUUACCAUCGAUGAUCAGCAAGAAGAUGAUGAGUGGGACACUGAUGGAUUUGUGAUUCCUAGCUUGGGAAUAGAAGAUACAUAUCAAACUAAACCUGAUGCAUCUGAAGUUGAAACCUUGAAACCUCCACCUCCAAAGGCUAAGAUAGAUGAGAACAUUUACCUGGGACCUCACGGGGCCCCGCCUUCACAAUCAAAGCAGCAAGAGUUGAACUCUUCUGGCCGUAAACAGCGGUUCAAGCACAAAUUGAAGGAAGCUGAUAAGAAGGUUAGCAGAACUGGGGGGGAGAACAAGUUGGAGAACUUGAGAGAGCUGGUGGGUGUUGGAAAAGUGACUGAAAAUAUUGCAAAGGGUUCUUCCAGUGAUUGGCUAGAUCCGCAUUGCAAUGAGUCACAGUUUGAGAAGUGUCCCCAGUGAGUGGUUUAGUUGAUGUCUACUAUAUUUACCUUGGUUGUUGGCACAAAAUCUAUUUCAAGUUUUCUACAUCUUUGGAGAUCUGAAUUUCCUGAGAUCAUGUACCUGACAGUAAUCCUUCGUGUGAACUAUUUGGCAUUGAUACUAUUGCAGGAAUAUCAUCAUGGCAAUUAAAAUCAGCUAUUGGAAUGGAAGUUUUUAUGAUAA